AUGGUCUCGACGCGCCUCCUAAGCCAACUCAUCUUCGCCGGAGCUGCCUUCGCUGGCAGCCUCCUGGUCCGUCAAGAUCAAUGCACAUCCGACGAUGCCUGCAAAGAGCCCUGCUCGGCACCCAGCAUCGAAGCCCAAGGCGUGAACGUCACUCCAAAUGAAGCCGUGCAAGCAGAGGCCAGGAGACGAUUCCAAGAUUCGCAUUGCGUUGAGGGCAAGUGCUCUUGUGCGAUCACCUCAGACGACCAAGCUCAGGACUUCUGCAAGUACUGGAUCGAGAACGCUAGGGAAGAGUUCGGCGAUGCUACGUAUGUGAAUGGAGGUGUGGAUGCGGAUAAGGGCAGCAUUUACUGCGUGUACACGAAGCCUGCGUAA